GUAACGCACAGUAGUUUGGCGUUUGCGUUACGAUUCUUCGUGAUCGGCGAUUCAUCGAGCUUCGUCGCCUCGAAAUCACGAAAUGCAAAUAUUCCUCGCUGAGAAUUCUGGUCGAUGUUAAUUACUUUGAAGCCUAGUGAUCGAAGUCAUAUGAUAGACUAUUGCAAAAGUUAACAUGUGCUCCGUUAGCUAACAAAUUAAUUAUAACAGGAAGUUUUUACCUUACAUAUUGAAUUUAAAAUUCGGAUUAUGCACAAUGUACAAGUCACAGUUCGUUGGCUUGGACGGCAAGCCAUGCGACACGAGGUGCAUGUUGUGCGAUUGCACGUUCGUUCUCCCGACGAACGAAACGGAUUUUCUCACGCAUUUGUUUAAAACGCAUCGCCUCGUUAUAGCUGAUGUUUGGAAAAUAGCUAGUUUGAGGAGUUAUGUACAUUAUUGGAGCUUGAAGUUUAAGGAAGCACCAUUGACGACUUACUGUAGCACAUUGUUAAUGGAUUGCAAACCAGAUGGAGAGGCAAGCAAAAACGAACAUUAUUUUCUACUUUCUGACUGUCUAUUGGAAGAUAAGACUUUGAGAGGCGAGAUACACCAAGCUAAACUGGAAUGGACAUUGGCGCAGCAAGAUGCUGAACGUGCAGAUACAAGUUUCAAGCGUGGCUGUAUAUUCUGCCGUACUGAGAUUUGUGGAUCACGUGCUGCAUAUAUAAAACACCUGUAUCAGAAGCAUAAUUUUUAUAUCGGCAAGCCAGAAAACUUGGUGUUUGUAGAUGAGCUUCUGGAUAAAAUCCAAAACAAUAUCGAAAGUUUAGUAUGCAUUUACUGUGAAGGAACAUUUAAGGAUCGUACGGUAUUAAAGGAGCACAUGCGAAAAAAGUUUCACAAGUGCAUAAAUCCUCAAAAUAAAGCAUAUGAUAAAUUUUAUAUAAUCAAUUAUCUGGAGCCAGAAAGAACUUGGCAACAACAGACUAAUUCUAAAACAAAUCCCAAUGUAGAAGGUGGUAGUAGCGACAAUGAAGAUGAGGAAAGUUCGUGGUCUGAUUGGAAUGACGAUUCUAUCAAAAUUAUAUGUCUAUUUUGUAAUUAUAGCAAUAAUGAAUUUACUUGUAUCCUGAGGCACAUGAAAGAAGCACACAGUUUUCACUUUGAAGAAACCGUUAAAGAUUUAACCUUUUAUCAAAAAGUGAAAGUAGUCAAUUAUAUAAAGAGACAAAUUCAAUUGCAACGAUGUAUUUUCUGUGAAACAGAAUCAGACAAUAUCUUGGAGCACAUGAAAGAUCAACAGCAUUGUAAAAUUGCCGCACAAAAAGUUUGGGAUCAGCCAGAAUAUUAUUUUCCUAUGUCUGAAAAUGAUUCAUUUUUAUACAAUCUUGAUGCGACUAGUAACAGCGAUGAAGAAAGUGACAUUGAGAAUCUUACUGAAGCAAUGUUCAAUUUAUAAACGAUUUUACAUGAAUAGAAGCUGAACUUUAUUCGGUAUUCUACCAGAGAGGAACAUAAGAGCGAUCAUCGCGUCGUUUUAAGGUGUUUUCAUCUAUCAGCGGUUCUAUGUGCACAAAAUGUGCACAUUGAAUUAUGUAAUCAAAUAUCUGAAUCUGUAGGUAAUGUGUAUGAUUUUGGGUCUCUUCUAUGCCAUGUCCACGUUUAUUUGGUUUUGUGUCACGUUAUACCCGUAAAUUUUACAAUUAUAUGCAUUCAUAUUUUAAA